AUGAGCAGUCCCACCACCGGCCGCCAGCGCGGUACUGCCUCCAAAGCGCCCCGGAAAACACUUCGCAACCCCACCGACGUUGGUCGCAGUGAGAAAGAGAGGCGUCCGCGCGCAUCUAGCGGCGCUACCCCACGAGCAACCACUCACAAGCGCUCGCGAUCUGGAGCGACUUCUGCCCUCGCCGACGAAGACGGCGACGACGAUGACGGCUUCGAUUCAGAGCACGACAGGAACGUCAAGAAAGGUCGCGCGAGAUUCAACGAAAACGGUUUCUUCCCUGAAGGUGACAAGAGCAUGCGCUACUUUGGACCUGGGUUUACGGAUCUCUACUCGCCGUCCGUAUCGCAUCAACUUAUCCAUACCGGAUUACACAACAAGAUGCCGCCCCACGAUGUACUUCAGAGGCCUUUCCAUCCACUGCACAGUGUUGUAACCCCCUCACAAUUCGAUCUAUCUGUCUUCACUAUCCCACUGACCGCGUUGGAGAUUCCUACGAUUCCCGAAGUGCAAGCCCGUUUCGCACAGGGCGGAAUCACCCCAAAGUUCCAGGCUUGGAUCAUCAAUCGUCAGCACUUUCUCCAAGGUCUGGACUGUCUCUUCGGUAUGGACGCACGCACCUGGGUAAAGGACUGGAAAAAGAAGAAGGGAGUGACAAAGCCUGUCAAAGGAGCUCCGCCGCCUGCACCGCAGCCGAUCAUCCACACGACCGGACACUACAGAUUCACACCCGGUGUCAACCGACACACUGGCUUCGACAUCACCAAGACACCAUACGCGCUUAUCGGUUGCGCCGAGGGUGUUCAUCCGUGCAAUUUUCCCCAAGGUCUUGACCGCGGUCCCUUCACCGAAGCCCUCUUCCAAGCGCAGUUCAUGAAUCGCUCGAAUCUUAUGCUGGCUGAUCUAGAUGCGUUCAUUGCGUAUUGGCUUAUCGAUCGAAAUCUUCAGGCCGGCUACAGCGAUGCGGGGUUUCUGAAGAGGCAUGUGGCGUUGCAUGAGGAGUAUCGGGCUAUGGUGAGGAAGGAUGUAGAGAGUCAUGGCUAUAGGUGGGAGGACUGA